GUUGCCACUUUGUAGCAUCUCGUUCGCAUAUUGUGGUUUGCUGUAAGUUUAUCUCUAUUGUGAAUCAAUUUAUCAUCAACGAAUUAACUAUUUUUUCAGGUGCCAGGUGAAAAUAAAGAUAUCAAACUGGCGCCGUUUAAGCUUCGCUUUUCCAAGAUGGGAAAAUCAAGAAGUGGGGGAAGUAGUAGCAGUAGUGUUGAAUCUGAUGAUCCACACACGCUUCCAAAUAUGUCGACAGAUUCGGAGGGAUUUUCGGAAUUGCAAAACACCGGAGCCAGUAGCAUUGUUUCGCAAAAUUCAACAAUACCAUAUUCACCGCCACCAUCCUAUGAACACGUUCUCGAGGAGACAAGACUUGAGAGGUCAGCGUCAACUGUAUAUGAAGAGGGUGUAAUAUCAGAUGUCCAGGAUGGACAAAUACUCUCUGAAAUAGACCAAACUUUAGAUCGAGGAUUUAGUGAAACAGAAGCUGUAUUGGGACCAGAGAUUUUGCACAAAUCCAGCAAGGAACUUUAUAAAGCAGUUGCUAAACAAUGGGGUCUCACUUGUAAAAUGAGCGAUCACUGCAGAUGUUUUGAUUGUCAGAGUCGUUACUUUGAUUGCGAUUUCGAAAAGGAUGGCUAUCAAGGAACUGACGGUGGAUUAGGAGCCGGAACUCCAAUGUUCAUCUCAGAAGUAAUGCACGGUACAGCCUGUUCUCUCCUGUAAGGUGAAAUUUCGAGCGACCAACAUCUCUCUCUCUCUCUAUCUCUCUCGUUUGACAGAAUUUUACUCAAUCUAAGCAGCAAUUUUCACGAUGACUCGACGAAAUUGCAAAUUAAUCUUCAAUAAAUUGAAAAAAAAAUUAAAGCAAUUUUCAUGUAAAUGCUUUAAAUAUACAGAAAGAAUAAAAAUUCUUUUCAUCAUCUUGUCAUGAGAAAAGAAACAUUAAAGCAGUUUGAAAAUGAAGUGAAGGAGAAGUAUACCGAAGAAAAAUGCAUUUCUUCCCUUUUAAAAGCAUUUUUACUUGUACGAAAUGAAUGAAACAAAAGUGGAAUGCUAUAAACUCAAUAUUAGUCCUAUCAGGGAUCUUUUGGCAAAAUUAAUAUUUUCUUCCGAAGAAAUAUAUUUUUAAAAAAAUUUCCAGUUUAUUUUUAUUUUUCAAUUUACGUUAAAUUUCAAACUAUCUAGAAAAGAAAAAAAUAUUCUAUAUUUUCGACGAAUAUUUAAUCUGAUAAUUAAUUUAUCAUAAAUUUAAUUAUUCCAAUACACAUAUACAAAAACUUUAUUCCCUGAAAUAAUUGAAAUAUUUUCUUAAUACAGAGGAAUGUAAAGAGAAAUUUAUAUUAUAUUGAAAAUGAUGAGCCAAAAACAAUUGGAAUUUUAACUUCAUGCAAAUUCCACUUAAAACCCAAAUGUAAACUAAGCCUAUUUUCAUAAACAAUUUUCAUAUUUUCCUUUCAAAUACUUAUUUUUUUAACAGAAUUUUUUUUCAAAAUUAUUACUCUCAUCACUACAAUAUUUUAAAAUCCAUUAAAAUUGUAGUUUUAAUUUAAUUUGUAUUUUAUUAUAAAAAAGGAAAAAAGUCAUUUAUAGGAAAAUUCAGAUCCCUGAAAAAUUAACUGUUUGUGCUUUUUUAAUUAUUAUACACAUAUAUGUGUAUAUAUGUUUAUAUAAUAACUAAAAAAAACUACAAAAAAUUUGUAUUUUGCAAGAGCGGAGAAAAUCGAAUCGAUUUGCAAAUUGUGAAAUUAUAUGUGCGACCCUUUUUCUAAUCUAAUAAAUGCAAAAAAGGGUUCCAAAACUAUAUUUGUAUACUUAUUGUGUAAGAACAAUAGAAAAAAAAUAA